AUGGAGACAAUCGUGUUGAGAGCAAGGUCGAUGUGUAAGAUUCCCCGGUGGGUUGAUUUACAUGGUCUCAUAAUCUCUAGGCUCAUCAUCGGAGCGGGUCCGUCCGGCCUCAUGGCUGCGUACUGGAUGGCCCGCUGUGGAAUCAAUGCACGUAUCAUCGACAAACGCGAAACCAAGAUUUUUGUAGGACAUGCAGAUGGCCUUCGACCGCGUACUUUGGAGCUGUUUGAUAGUAUGGGAUUCCAGCACCGUGUUCUCCACGAAGCCUCUGAAUCCACAGAGGUGAACCUAUGGGGCCCUGGUGACCAGGGAAAGCUUGUACGACAGGCUCUUUUGGAUAUGACCCAGGCGGACCAUUCGCCCUACCAUAACACUCGACUCAGCCAGGGUCGUAUAGAGCGAUUCAUCCUUGAUAGUAUUCAUGAGCAUUCUGAUCUGAGAGUUGAGCGAAGCGUGGUAACCGAGAACCUGGAGUAUGAAGAGAAACUAGGACUGGACCCCGAAGCAUACCCCAUCACUGUUAAGCUGCGCACCUUAAGCCCAGAAGAGCUCAACACACCAAAUUCUGACAAGCAAAAUUUCCAAACUGAGCUGACACACGAAGACUUGCUCCCAGAUGAUUGGGAUGAUCUAGGUCAACGUGGAUCGCAUAAGGAAAAAGUCGAGACGGUCAAGGCCAAAUACCUGAUUGGGUGUGAUGGCGCCCACAGCUGGACCAGAAAACAACUUGAGAUUCCCACCGAGGGAUCCAACACCGACCACAUCUGGGGAGUGAUCGAUGUGAUCGCAAUCAGCAAUUUUCGUAAGUCGAAGACCAUCCCACAUGAUCCACUCCGACUAACCUCGACCCCAGCGGAUAUCAGGCGCGUUAGCGUAGUCACUGGCACCACAGGGACGAUCCUCGUGAUCCCUCGCGAGCGUGGGAUAACCCGGUUCUAUGUCCCUGUUCAGACAUGCGAAGCGGGCACAAGUGAUCGAUUCGAUCGAUCGAUCAUAACACCGAAGAUGAUCAAAUCGCGGGUCCAGGAGAUAAUUGCACCAUACACUUUCGAGUUCGAAGUAUGCGACUGGUGGACGGUGUAUCAAAUUGGACAACGAAUUGCAACACAAGUUACCAGAGGAGACAGGAUCUUCCUUGCAGGUGAUGCGGUACACACGCACUCACCCAAGAUGGGAUUGGGUAUGAACAUGAGUCUGCAGGACGGUUUCAAUCUGGGCUGGAAGGUUGCACUGGCAGCCGCAGGGACGAUCAAGCCUGAGACCCUGAAGACAUACGAGUUGGAGAGACACCCACUUGCGAAAAUGCUCAUCGAGUUUGAUCGUCAUUGGGUGAACUUGUUCCUUGAUGUGGAACCUGGGGAAAAGGACACAAAGGCUGAGUCUAUGGCUGCUAUGUCGGCCAAAUUUGAGAAUUUCGCUCAUGGAUGGAGCGUCUAUUACCCUGCCAGUAAUAUUGUUUCAAAGUCGCCAGAGCAUGGCGAUGCUGCGAUUCCUCAAAAUCUCGUCCCCGGAGAGAGAAUCCAUCCUUUCAAGCUCCGCAACCAGGCUGAUGGGUGUCCGCAGUGGACGACAAGACUAUUGAAGAGUGACGGCCGCUUCCGAAUCCUGCUACUGGCUGGGGAUGUGCGUGAUUCAAUUCAGAAGCAGCGCAUCGAAACCUUCACCCAGGCCCUAGGUAGUCGGUCUGCAUCAGGCAGCCCCCUACUAGACCGCUACACUUGGAUUCCUGGGCGAUUUGAGAGCCCCAUUGACAUUUUCACGAUUCAUUGCUCGCCAUGGAAGGAAGUGGAGUUUUUCGACUUCCCAGAGGUCUUGCGUCCACUGAGCAUGUCGACUGGAUAUGCCUAUGACAAAAUUUGGUGUGAUGAUGCGUGUAUAUUUGAUAGAUAUUGCGAUGGAACAGCCUAUGAGAAGUGGGGAGUUGAUCGAGCUCUAGGCACAUUGGUGGUCAUUCGCCCAGAUCAGUAUAUUGGCUGGAUGGGAAAUAUUGAGGAUGUGGAGGAAAUGACUCGCUACUUUGAUGGAGUUCUCGUGCGGAAGCCGCCUGUGAACGAAAUGCCAACUGCCGUUUGA